CGGUCGGGAGCGCCGCGGGGGCUGCGGCGCUGCCCCCGGGAUGUCGCGGGCUGGGGGCUGCCAGCUCCCUGCGCCCUGGGGAGCAGGGCACAAUCUGCCAAAAACAGCAGCAAAUCUGAUUUUCCCUGCUAGCAGCCACGCGAGCGUCAAGCCUCGAGCCCCGGUGCCCCAGUGACAUGGUUUGGGCAUCACCAGAGGCAGCGGCUCCUCUGUGCCUUUGCACUUUGCGUGACAGAAUUUGGAGAGGUUGCACUCGUACCUGCUUUUGUAGCGCUGCUGGCUUAGAGAGCUGGGGGGAGUGAGAGCUGACAGUAAUUGACAACUUGUAAAAAAAUCCAAAGCAACAAUCCUGCAAUGGAGCAUGAGACAUGAUUUAACGAGGAAUGAAGUGGAAGUCAAAUGAGUUCUCUUGUGCUCUGCUGAGUCGAAAUGACAUUCAUGUUUGUGGUGAAUGGAAGUCAUGGCAAUGUCUAACAUGGGAGGGAAAGACACGACUGGACCAUGUGGCGUGACUCACUCAGACUGCAGGUCUUCUGCCUGCUUUUGGCAGUGCUGGCUGUUGUGGUGCUGGUCCAUAAUUUUUUUCAAUUAGAGAACCUGGAUGAUGACACCGUUUCAGGAUCACAUUGGUUAACAGAAAACAAUGUCCAGCAUUCUCUGUCACAGACAGCCAAAACUACCAGGAAGCCUUACUGUGGAUACUCGCAGCAGACCUUAUCCAAAAGGGAGCAAGCGGAGCAGGAAUCGUUGCUUGCUGCAAUAGAAUGGCCAAAGCCCCCUGAUGGCAAAAUCCCCUUUGCACAAAGCACUGAUCCCUCACACAGUGACUUUGUGAUUGUGAAAUCCAGCAAGUUCUUCAAGGUGGGUGAUCAGCUGGAGGUACUCGUUCGUAUGAAGGAUUUCCAAGGAAAGCCCAAGCAGUAUGGUGGAGACUAUUUACAGGCACGAAUUCACUCUCCUGGGCUGAAAGCUGGAGCAGCAGGAAGGAUUGUAGAUUGCCAAAAUGGCCUUUACAAAGUCUUCUUUACCUUACUUUGGCCAGGAGAGGUCAAAGUUUCUGUGUCACUUGUCCAUCCAAGUGAAGCAGUCCAAGUCCUCCUGCGUUUACGGGAGGAAAGGCCGGACAGAGUCUAUUUCAAAAGCUCAUUCAAGUCUGGGAGGUAUUCAGAAACUACAGAGUGCAACAUUUGCUUGCCUGAAGAUCUCCCAGUCUGUAACUACACAGAUCUCUACACGGGUGAGCCAUGGUUCUGUUACAAGCCUCGAAAACUGUCCUGUGCCAGCCGAAUCAACCAUGCCAAAGGUGGAUAUGUGAAAGGCCUUCUGACACGAGAGGAAAGCCUCUUUUUCCAAAGUGAUGUGAACAUCAAAAGGCCGAUACUCUCCAGUGGACCAGAUUCAGUCAUUGUAAAGCCCAAGGCAGUUACAGAUUCAAGCAGUAUGGACAGGGCUGAAGAUCCCACAGCUUCCCCUUCUGGUUAUUAUUAUGAAGACCAGUGGAGGUCCAGAACACAUUGGAUCCAUAAUUUUAACAAAUCAGAUGAUAUAACUGACUGCUUACAAGGAAAAGUAAUCCACUUGUUUGGAGACUCUACGAUGAGGCAGUGGUUUGAAUAUUUGACAGCAUUUGUUCCAGAUCUGGUGGAAUUCAACCUGGGGAGCCCUAAGAACGUGGGCCCUUUUAUGUCUGUGGACCUGAAGCACAACAUCCUGCUGAAGUUCCGCUGCCAUGGGCCGCCCAUCCGCUUCUCCACGGUGUUCAGCAGCGAGCUGCGCUACAUCGCCAAUGAGCUCAACAGCAUUGUGGGCGGCAGGAACACCGUGGUGGCCAUUACCAUAUGGUCCCACUUCAGCACCUUCCCCGUGGAAGUGUACAUCCGCCGGCUCAGGAACAUCCGCAGAGCUGUUCUUCAGCUGCUGGACCGCAGCCCCAAGACUGCAAUCGUCAUCAGAACUGCCAAUGUUCAGGAGCUCGGGCCAGAAGUGAGCCUCUUCAACAGUGACUGGUAUUCCUUUCAGCUUGAUUCUGUCAUGAGGAAGAUGUUCUCAGGAAUUGCUGUGCACUUUGUGGAUGCUUGGGAGAUGUCUGUGGCUCAUUACUUGCCACAUAACCUGCACCCUAAUGAAAUAAUUGUUAAGAAUCAAAUAGAUGCAUUUUUAUCUUAUGUGUGCCCUCUACAAACUUAGCACAAAUGGGUAUCCCUAUGUUGUCUUUUGCUAUAGCCUAAGUACAGUUGCUCUUUUGAGCUGUGGAAUGAGGCUGGAUGAUAUGGAGGAAUGCUGGGUACUGUACUUGCAUGCAGGAUAAGUAGGGUGGCCUUAACUCUGGGUAGCUGUGAAGGGUGGUAAAGAGGAGUUGACUCUUCAGGCCAUAUCUUCCUGGAAGAUUGAUGCCUUCAAGCUUAUCAUUCAUACCUGAGAUUAUUAGAGAGCACCUUAAAUUACAUUGGCAGGAUUCAAUAAGAAAGUAUUUGGGUUAUUAGCUUUACUGUCUGCACUGUAUGCCUAAUUUAAUCCUGAUUCUGUUGCCAGGGUCUUGUUGCUCAGAAUAGUGUGUGAAAGCUGGGAAGGAUUUUGGGAACGGUCUUUCAGCAUUUCAGAGGUUAAGGGAUGUCUCCUUCAGUUGUGUGUCAGAGAAGCACAGUGUCUGUUCUUGUUUCAAAGUCCUAAUUAGAAACAUGAAGGGAGUGUACCAAAGUCACCAAUAAGGAAGCACAAUCACAAUAUCUGUAGAAUUAAGUCAUGAAGAAUUUGCUGACAUUUAAUCAAGCACACUAGUUAGGCACCUUUGUUGUUUACAGAUGGCUGGUAAAUAGUGCAAAUAACUAGUAUUUUAGUUUGGUUUCCUGUACUACUGAAUUUCUUUUGAGCUUUGAUACACUGUUUACUUCUUGAUUUUUCAGUAGUGAGAAUAUGUGUGUUUUAUGACCUCAGUGAAAACACUGUCUCAGGCAGUUACUGCAAAGUCAAGUUGCAGGCUCACCUACUUGAAGCGUAAAGCAUUUGCCAGUGAAAGAGUUUCAUUUGCCAGUGAAAGUGUUUCCAUUCCCUGUGAGCUACAUCUGUUCCCUUCAGUGGCUCUGCUGUGUCCUUCGUGGCUGUGUCUCAACGAGGAGGCCAAAUGACCCUGAGGGCCCCUGGGGUGCUUUGGCUGUGGUGCUCAAGGCCAUGCAAUGACUCCUCUUCAGGGCCUGGCAGUUCUGUCAUUUCUUCAUGAACUUCACUGCUGCCAGUAUAAAAGGUGGAACACCCUGCACCCAAAAGCCAAGCGUACCCAGGGUUGCCUUCCUAUAUCUGCUUGGCAGAGACCCAGGUUUGCUGGGCUGACAGCUGGUGGCUCUCCAGCCUCCUGGCCUGGCAUUCACUGCUGUUACUUGUUUGAGCCUGUCUACAGUUUUAACUAGAAGCACUUUGAAAACAGUUUUUAUUAAGUUCAGCUCCCAAACUAAACAGCAGAGAGGUGUUCCAUGCUGUCUUAUUUUUGGUCCCACUCAGGACAGAGCCAGUCUUCACUGGCUUGUGUCAAAACCAAGUUAAAUCUUUGUGAGCAAACUGAGAAGAUGAAUAAGGCGAACUGGCAGGUUGCAGAGUGAAAUAAUUGAAAUGUGUGUGUGUUAGAAAAAUUUUACCCUUUGUUAGCUUUGCUGCUCUCCUAAGGAAGUUUGUGCUCUUAUUGCCAGAGCCCUAAGAGAGCCAAUGCUACCAGCUACAGCAACGGUGUUUCUUAUUGUGUUCAUUAUAAAGGGCAACUGAGAAGUGGUUUAAAAACAAAUAUAAAUUAUUUUUGCAUGUAAAAGGCAUCGGUACUAUCCAUCUAUAAACUUAAAAAUUUUAAAAUGUUUAAACGUGGCUGGAGGAAUUGUGUACACUGAAAUAGCACCUAUUCUUAGCUUUUCAAAUCAGCAAUUAAGAUGUCCAAUUUACUGGUUCCUAGUGACAACUGCCUCACACAGGAUCUGCCCAUAUAUUAGCAUUGGGUAGCUAUUUCUUGUUUUAGUAUGCUAAUUGCAAUUUAUCCUCUGCUAAAAAGAGGACACACCAAUUCAGGUCUGGGAAAGUAAACUAUCACAAUGGAAAAUGACCCUUCAUCUUUUCCAGAUGUGAUUUUUAAAAUAGAUAAAGACUUUCAUCCUGAAUAACAAGUCUAUCCUAAUAAUGUUUAUGGGAAUAGGACUUCAGACUUACUUUGAAGGCAACUACUUAAUUUGUGGACUGACCAUUGGGUUUAGCUCAUAAAGCCAUAUUGUAUGUGAAAAUGUUGUGGCUGCAUGUGUCUUCUCUGGGUGUUGUAGUGCUUGCUACUGCUCGUCAACAACAGCUUUAUAUCACUGUCAGCUACCAGGCAUAGAGAGAGAAGAAAAUAUAUUUUUAAAUGCUUUGACAGUUGAGAGAGAACAGGACUGAUAUUAGCAAAGGUGUUUGAUUGCCUUCUAGUAGAACCUCAUCCUUUAGAUUAAUUAGAUUAAUUUUUUAAUGACAGAUUAACUAAAUUAUUGGUAAUGAAUUUCAGGGAAACUGCCAAUUGAUUUAGGAUGAGGAUCAAGAUUUUAUUUCUUUGGGCUCUGAAAUAGACAGGGAAAAGAAAUGAAGAAACUGAGGAUUUACCCAUGUUUGGGGACACUGUGCUUUUAGAUGUUGUUCAGGUGAUCUACGAAUGAUUUUUCAUUUCUAUUCUCACCUUAUUGCCAUCACACCAGUUCUGUAUGUAUGGGAUAUGCAAACACAGAAGCAAUAAAAUAUUUUUAAAUCAGUUUCUUUAAACUUCUAAAUGAGUUUUAAUAGGGACUUAAGAUGUUGGUUAUUUUUGAAAUUACUUAAUGUGAAGCAGGACUGGAAAGGAAUUUCUCAGCAUCUCUUAAGUAUCUUCCUCGACACAUAAAAAUUUUUCAAAGCCCUGUCUUCCUUUUCUUUCAAUUUUCUUAAUUUGAAGUGAAGAAAUUGUAUUAUUUUUUAUAUUUUCAUUAUUGGACUGAUAAUUUUGAUUAUUAAUAUUUCAAUUUAUAUUUUUUCUUUUUUAAUUUCUUUAUUCGAAGUCUAGCUCCCUUAAAUUCCAGUGAAAGAAACUACUUUUUCUGUGUUUAUUAGAAUAUUUCAAAGUAAUUUAUUUAUAAAAUAAGUAAACUCCUUUUUAUGUAUAUUAGUGUUGCACUGUAAUAUCUUCUUAGGCUGAUUUCUUCUAGAAAUUAAGUAAAAACGUUAGUUGAAUUGUUGAUGAGAAGGGAGGAUAAAAGGUAAAAGUUUCCCUUUUUUCAGGUUUUCAGUUGCUUCUAAUUUCAUAUACAAUGCAGCACUGCUUCAUGAGAUUUAAAUCACCAUUUUUCAUUGUUUUACUUGUUAGAGGUAAGCAAUUAAAAAUGGAAACUUUGCUCACCACAAGUGUCUGUACAACUUUUUGUGUACUUUGGGUGACAAUUUCAUGUGUACAUGACAAAAAUGAAUGUUUGAUGUUGCUUUCUGGAAGGGUGGAGGAUACUGGGGUUUUGCUUUGGUGUUAUUGCAGAAGUGUAGGUUAAAACAUUCUUCCAUUCAUGACAGUUUAAGUAACAGCAAAAAACUUCAGUCACAAAUGUGGUUUUUAUUUAUAAAGCACUUACUCCUAAAGUCCAGAUCAUUUCAAAUAUAUUUAGACUGUUUGGAAGGCUCUUAAUCUCUGUUGGGAGUAGUGAAGAACUCUGUAUGUUAGAGAAAUAACUUGUUUUCAAAGAACUUGUUUUUUUCUAACAUAUGUAUGUUGUUGUAAUGCUUACAGUAUGCAGAAGGCUCUACUGUCUUAUUUUCUGGUGUGAUCAGAAAAAUAAUUUAAAUAGCCAAAAAGCUCAGAGAAUGAAAAUUUCCUAAUAAAGAGGGCAAGUUUACUUGAACAGUUUAAUCUGA